GGGACUGGGAGGUGGUCGAUUGCGGCCCUGCGUGUAAGUGAAACCCGGAGAGCAAGUCCCGUAGAGUUUUCCCAACACCUCGGUUUCUCCUCCACGCGUCUCGGAGGGAUAGGAACUUCAUCUCUCCGCUUCCGUUUUUUAUUUAUUUAUUUAUUUAUUUAUCUUUUUUAUUUUUAUUCAUAUGUACAUAAACUCCACUGUUUUCUGCCUCUCGCACUAUUUUUAUUAUUUAAUUCGGGACUCCUAGGAGCUACCUGUCCUGUCUUUUUCGGCGAAGCAGAUUUAUCGCCAAACUCUUUGGUCUGCUACCUGCCAAGAUUAUUAGAUUUGUGGCGAACAUUUUUUUCCUGAAAGUUCUUAACGGAAAACGUCGACACUAUGUCUUCAUCAAGGCCACUGGAAUUUGACUGCUCUCUACAGCCUGAUGUUAUCAUCACUUGACUUUUAUUCUAAAAAAGUGUGAUGAAUUAUCUCAUAGACAAUACAAAAAAGAAAUACAGUGAAAACAAAGUUUUUCAUUUAAAGGUCAACCUUUCCUCUAAAAAACAGAAAUUGUUGAAAACUUUUGUUGUACGGAGUGGAUUUAUACAUUACCUCAACUGAACAAAAAGAAAAAGAAAGAAAAAGAAAGAAACAAACAAACAAAGAGAGAAAUAAAGAAGAAAAAACAGAAAGCGGAAAUUUCGCAUUAUAUAUAUUCCCACUUGGAAUUUGAAGGAUAUGAAAAGUAUACCUAGGCAAUUAAUAUAACUGUGAGUACCUAAUGAGCCGUUUAGGCCUGGGAAUGUGACAGUGAAGAAAAUAUCUAAAACCGAAGCCAUUCAAGGCAUCCGAUGGACAAAUCAGGAGAAAUCAAAAAUAUAAGAAGAACAACAUCAGCAGACAUUCAGUCAACAAAACCCCAUCUUUUUCGACUUCCAUUAAAAAGAUGAUUGGCGCUUAGAGACUCCCAGGUGCAGCCGCAGAUCCGGACCUCACGGCAGAAGUUUUCGACGUAAAGGCGCCGCCGUCCUCCCACAGGCACGAUGAGCUUCCUGAACGCCACGGCCACCAGCCUGCUGGCGGCGGACGCCGACCUCCGCUACAACGACCUCCACUCCACCGCGGCCGUGAGCCUCGCCGACGACGCGCUCCUCAGCACCCUGGCGGACGACGUGGACACCACCGCCCAGGGCGACUACCUGGACGACCUGGCGACCUCCAACGAGACGGACGAAUGCAUGAAGACGUACAACAACAUCAGCUCCACGGCGCCCUCGCUCCUCAGAUUCAUCCUCUACGGCGUUUUGCUGACCACCGUCGGCCUCCUGGGCCUCGCCGGCAACCUCAUCUCCAUCACCAUCCUGUCCAGGCCCAAGAUGCGCUCGUCCAUCAACUGCUGCCUCAUCGGCCUCACGUCCUUCGACAUGAUCGUGACGACGACGUCCGUGCUGCUGUUCGGACUGCCCGAGAUCAGCGAGUACACGUACACCAUGGUAUGGUACACGAGCGGCGUCUACCAGAGGGUCACGCCCUUCGUCUACCCGCUGGGGCUCAUCGCGCAGACGGGCUCCGUCUACCUGACGGUGACGGUGACGGUGGAGCGCUACGUGGCUGUCUGCCGGCCGCUGAGGGCGCGCUCGCUGUGCACGUACGGCCGCGCCAAGAUGUACGUGCUCUCCGUCGUGUUCUUCUCCGUGCUCUACAAUCUGCCGCGCUUCUGGGAGGUGUCGUACAAGGUGUGCGAGUUCGAGGACAUCUCCUUCGUGAUCGUCGUGCCGUCGCAGCUCCGCCAGAACGACUACUACAAGCAGGUGUACAUCAUGUGGAUGUAUCUUCUCAUCAUGUACCUCAUCCCGUUCCUGAGCCUCAUGAUCUUCAAUACGUUUAUCUACAGGGAGGUCCGCGCCGCCAACAUGGAGCGGCAGCGGCUGAGCCGGCUGGAGAAGAAGGAGAUCGGGCUGGCGGUGAUGCUGCUGGUGGUGGUGACGGUGUUCAUCGUGUGCAACGUCCUCGCCUUCAUCAUCAACGUGCUCGAGCUCCUGGAUAUCGCCAUCGACGAGCUGACCAUCCUGAGCAACCUGCUCGUCACCGUCAACUCGUCCGUCAACUUCAUCAUCUACUGCAUCUUCGGCCAGAAGUUCCGGAAGCUGUUCCUCAAGAUGUUCUGCUCGCGCAUCCUGGCGGCGUCGGCGGCGCGCGACACGGCCAUGGCCGAGUCGGGCGCCUUCGCCAACAACACGGUGUUCGGCGAGUCGCGGCUCCUCACCAACGGCCGCUCCACGCACACCUUCCGCCUCACGUCGUGGAACGGCUCGCACCAGGGCCGCCUCCUGCAGGGCCACGGCGGGGCGCCCGCCGCCCACGCCAUGUCCUGCUCGUCCCCCUGGCGCCCCUCCAAGUACCCCGGCGCUACCUUCGACGACCCUUCGGCGCCCUCCACCAUCGCCACCUCGUCCUUCAACCACGCCCGGAGCCCCGAUGGCAGCCGCGCCAUCCUCGCCUCCAAGCAACCGCUCUACCUCCAGACAGACAAGACCAGCGAGAAAACCCACCCGGGAGAGCCAGUACGUCUGCAAUGCAUAAGUUGCGAGGAUUGCUGCUCCUCACUCAAGGGCCAUCCGCACGUCAGAUAGGGGAGUUUGUGAGACCUCGAGCCAGGCUGCAAACACACGCACGUGCAUUGUACGAGUCAGCUGAGGAAAAGAGGGACAACAGCUGACAGUAGCUGAAAGGGGCGACAGCAGUGAGACACAUCAGCUGACCGUGGAAGUGCCAACGCUAUUGAGGAAACACAAUAUACCUCGUCAUUCCUGCAAAACAUAUGUAAAGCAUUUAAUGAUAAAGAAACAAAUAUCAAAGCAAAAUGGAAGUGAAAACAAAAUUAGCUUAAGAUUGGAAAACAGAAUAGAAAAAAAUAAGAGGAAAGGUUGUUAUGAAAAUAGAAAUGAAAAUAGGAUGCAAUGCGAAAUGCAAGUCAUGUUGACAAGAUAGGAAGAAAACAGAAAGAAAGAAAGACAACUACAAUAAAGACCGAUACCACAAUCAAAGCUGAAGUGGGGGGAAUGGAAACCUAGAUGUGAUUAAAUUGUUUUUGCGAAUGGCUGUUGCGAAGACCGUUUCGCAAAGCCUGUGAUGAAAACAAACACUGUGAUGAGUUGGCCUGCCUUAAUGGCCGUUGCUCAGGCUGGCAGCCGACUCCCGGAAGCCGAGAGAAGAAAAUGUGUAACUUGUAUACGAAAUUCUUUUUGAUUGUUACACGAGUGUCUGAAUGUCCUAUGUGUUGUCUAUGUAGAGGGGUUCCUCUUGGCUGUUCGGUCAGAGAGUAGUCUCUGACGUCAGGUCGAACCACGGACGCUCAAGUGGCACCGCUUCGUCAACACUGCCUACGCGGACUGUGCCAAAGAGUGCCUGGCAGCUGAGGAGAGCCAAAGAAGAGACAGAGUGUUCCAUGGGCAGCGAAAGACCCAUGGCCCCUUCCUACCUACUUCCUGCGUCCUUGCGUCCGCUUCUUCCGACGGAGUCCUUCCAGAACCCACUGCUUUGGCUUCCGCGCUUGGACCGGGUGCUUGGGGGAGGCACCCGCGACCAGCGCGGCCUCGACCCGCUUCGCCGACGACCCUUUCGGUGUGACCUCGAACCAGUCCUUUGCCGUGACCCUUUCUUACUUCC